AUGUCGCUUGCGUUGUCUUUUGCCUCUCUCCGUGACCAGUCCUUUGGUGUGCAUCCCUCCUUCAACUUUGCAACCCUGAGUAGGAAUUUGCUGGGUGAUUUUAAUGAACGAGAAAGCAGUAUCCUGCAGAAGGAUGAACAAAUGCCAGUGUAUUUGCGUAUUCGACCACUGAAUCCUGGCGAGCCAUCGAAUAAAGUGUUGUUUGCAUGCGGCGCUACCAAGGUGGUGCUUAAACCGUCGGUGGAAGAUAAAGGUCUGCGUGCGGGUAUGUUCGCGUUUGGCCAGUCUUCGCAUGAGUUCACUUUCUCUCGGGUGUUCGGUGAGGUCACAACGCAGGCUGAGAUUUUCAAGGCUGUCGCGGCGGAGCGGGUGAGCGAGUUCCUCGAGGGUGUAAAUGGUUUGGUCUUCGCCUAUGGCACCACUAGCUCGGGCAAGACCUACUCCUUGCAAGGCACCGCAGGAAAUGGGGGCGUCAUUCCACGUGCAUUGGAGUGCAUCUUCAGGAGCGCGGCACUGAACCCAACGGAGCGAUUGGUGCCACGCGGUUUCGAUGAGGUGCAAGAGGUGACAGAGGCGGAGGCGGAGAAGCGAAGACGCGAGAAAGCCCUUCUCCUGCAUCUCGCACGUACAGCUGAAAGCUCGUCGCGGUCGUGCGCAGUCAGUUGGGAGUCGGUGCGGCCCCCAUCGGAGGUGAAGUCGUCGGCUAGUACGGGAGGCGAAGCAGUAGCAAGAGUGGAGGAGGAGUGUUUGGAGGUGUCGUUUGCCUACAAGGACUCAGCGGCCUUCUGCUUUUGGAUCAGCUUCGUGGAAAUCUAUAACGAGGUGGUCUAUGACCUUCUCGACCCCAAUUUUGUCUCUACCGUCGAAAAGUGGAGUGGAGCAUCAUCUUCUGGCUUAGUUGGCGGUGGAGGUGUGGCAGUCGGGGGUGGCGGUUCCUUUGGGGCUGAUGUUGUCAGCGAACAUGCCUCUGGUAUUUGUCGAGUCCUCCUGCGUCAAGAUGACUUGAGAUUCUCUAUUGCUUACUGUCAGAGUGUUGCUAGGAGUGGAAUGGAGAAUCAACUGUGGCGUCAGCAGCAGUCGCGUGUGCGGUGGUACACGGUGACUUCAGCCGAGGAGGCCUACUCGCUGAUCUCGGUGGGUCGGCGCUGCCAGCGCGUGGGUGCCACGCGGCUCAACGAGUCGAGUUCGCGAUCGCACACUAUCCUCACCCUUCGUGCCCUUCGCUCUCGUCGGGGUGCCCCCAUCGGCGUUGGCGCCGGCGCUGUUGGAAGCAGUAGUUUGUUGAGUUUCUGUGACCUCGCGGGUAGUGAGCGAUGCGCAAAGGCGGCGACACUGGCGCAGGUGCAGCGAUUGCGUGAGGCUAACAGCAUCAACACGAGUCUCCUGACUUUGGGCAAGUGUAUUGAGGCACUGCGUCACAACCAGCGACGUGGUGGCGGUGGCGGCAACCCGCGAAUCGUGCCGUACCGUGAGUCUCGCCUCACGCGUCUCUUCCAAAACUUCUUUGUGGCUGCAGGAACGGGGGUGGGUGGUCGCGGACGGAGCCGCGCAUGCCUGUUAGUAAAUGCGGCACCGUGCGCUCCGUUGGCGGAAGAGACGCUGCAUUCGCUGCGCUUUUCGGCCCUCGCUGGUCAAGUUCUCAUGUCUACGGCAGCGCCACCACCGUUACCGCCACCGAAAGCCGCGCCUUCGGAGUCCGCUGCGGCCGCGGCCGCUUCUGCUGCUAUCCAGGAUCAGUUGCGUGCUCAACUGCUCCGACAGGGUUUCCGUCUGCGGUGGAGACGGGCCUUGGAUGAUGUGUCACUGUGGAUUGUUGGUUUGGAGAUGUUUUUCCAUGCGCCUUGCAGUUGUUCUGGCAGCCUGCUUGGUCGACGCGUGAACAGCAGCGUUGGUAGUGUGGCGACUUUGGCAGCGGCGGCAUCGGGGGAGACGACGAUGAUGAGAGUGGAGGAGGUGGAGGAGACGGCGACGGUGGUGCGACACGGUGUCAGUAGCGGUGGUGAUGGUGAUAACGGAGACGGAGGCAUUCGGCGACCGCUGGCGGAGUGGGUGGAGAAGGAGGCAGUGGAGGCGGAGUUGGAGCGAUUGCCACGAGAGGCGCUGGUGGAGAUGGUGCAUGAGCUGCUGGCAGCCGUGGCAGAGGCGCUGCCUGCCGAGGUGGAGGCGGCACGUAGCGAGACUCGUGCUGACGUUACCGCGACGAUGGGCGAGGAGUUGUUGCGAAUGGAGGAGCAGUACGAGUGA